ACUCUACAGAUAGUUGGUUACAAACUGUUGCGUUAAAUUGCGAAUAUGGUCUUGACACGUGUGUUCUAGCCAACAGCGAGGCUACAUGAUGAGAUUAUUAUGGAUAAGGACAAGAAUAUAUUUUUUUGUCAAACAGCAGGCAAGCAUUGCUCAUCAUGUCACCAGAAUAAGAUCACUCUACAUUUAUUGGAAAGGAGCGUCAAGUUCAUCCCUGUGCCCUUUCAGGACCCUGGGAAGUUCAUCACACUUGAUUUAAUCUGUAGUUCAACAAACUGCUUGGUUUCCCGUGUCUUCGCCGGAGGAUCACACACCAUAUCAUCGCGUGAACCCAAGUUUACUUCCAUGUGAUGUUUUACACCCUUGGUGCUGUGCUUUUGAUGGCGUUCUUGCAGAGGACUGGAGACUACUGCCACGCUCAACAUCCCAGAGCAUAGGCUGAUCCAGGGGAGGAUGCCCACUGCUCUGCCUUGUCCGCCUAAUACCCUGCACUGAUCCCUGGGUACCAACGCAUCGAGGGCUCCCUGCCUCCCAGGACUCUGCACACCCUAGGUCUGUCACUCUAAGACCCUCUCUCAGGAACCCUAAUGGGAUGAUUGGACUAACUAUUCCACGACUCUUCAGUGAAAGCCCAAGACCUCAUCUAAACCAACCACAGUGACCCUCCCAAGGAUCGACCAACCCGAGGACAGACUUGUAUUUUUUAUCGUCUUAAAGGAGGGACAGGACUGAGAACGUCUGCAGGAGUUUAGCCCACCAGCGACCGUGGCCACCGUGGACGACCAGUUUGUGGUCCCCUUGCGUCCCUGUCCGUGUUGCGUUCGCCCCCCCAGCUGGGUAAGGGUUGUCAACAUGGCCCGUAUGAACCGUCCGGCGCCGGCCGAGGUGUGCUACAAGAACAUGCGGCUGCUCAUCACGCACAACCCCACCAACUCCACCCUCAACAGCUUCAUCGAGGACCUUAAGAAGUACGGAGCCACGACGGUAGUGAGAGUGUGUGAGGUCACCUAUGAUAAGGCUCCAUUGGAGAAGGAUGGCAUCACCGUGGUGGACUGGCAGUUCGACGACGGUGCGCCCCCUCCCUCUAAGGUGGUGGAGGACUGGCUGGGUCUGCUACGGUCUCGUUUCCUGGAAGACCCAGGCUGCUGCGUGGCCGUGCACUGUGUGGCUGGACUGGGCAGAGCCCCGGUGCUGGUGGCGUUGGCACUGAUCGAGAGUGGGAUGAAGUAUGAGGAUGCCAUCCAGUUCAUCAGACAGAAGCGCAGAGGGGCGAUCAACAGCAAGCAGCUGACCUACCUGGAGAAGUACCGCCCCAAACAGAGACUGCGCUACAAAGACCCACACAUCUUCAAGAACAAGUGCUGCAUCAUGUGACCCCCAUUUCCACCCUCAGCCAAUCAACUGCCUGCCACCUGAUCGAUCUGACCCGAAUGGAUAACGACGAUGGACGAGUCCACAGCCAAUGCACUUUGUGACUGAACUAUGAGAACUAUGAAUCAUGGAGUGAGCUAAGCAGCUCCACCAGGGGAAGGGUGUGAUGAGUCUCCCUGGUGCCUAAAGAUGGCUCUUACUGAGGGGGCCGAUGGAUCAAGCCCUCCUUGAAUCUGACUUUUUAUCCAAGAGCCAGCCGGAGGUAGCUUGGAUUGGAUGGUGGAUGUGGCACAGGACGUUGACACUCGCCACAUUGAACUCCGUCAUCACCAUGGGGUUGUGCCUCGCUGCAAAUGAUUUGACUUGCAGUUGACUUUGUCAUUGUACCUCCAACGCCCCCUUGCUACCAAAUGGUGGUAACGCCUCAAAUCAUUGUCUGAAAGAGAGACAGCUUUAGCUGUAUGAAUCUGAAACCAAUGUGAAUCAUGGGGGAGGGGGAAUGUUUGUGCCUGGUUGCCCUUUCUCUCCCUGCCUACAGUAGGGGGACUGAGCUGUUUUCUGUUCACUCCUUGUUCCAAGGUUAAUGCUAUCCGGAAUCCUUGGGCCAUCCUUAACCCUUACCUAACCCCAACCAUAACCCUUACCUAACCCCAACCAUAACCCUUACCUAACCCCAACCAUAACCCUUACCUAACCCCAACCAUAACCCUUACCUAACCCCAACCAUAACCCUUACCUAACCCCAACCAUAACUCUUAC